AUGUCACAUUCCAGUGAUAUAACAUAAAUAAGUGAUUAGAAUUCACUGGUUUAGAAACCUAUUACAUCAGAGGAUGAGGUUAAUAUUUUGAAGGCUUAAAAAUCAGAUGUUCCUAUUGGUAAAAUGCAUCAAGUCAAGCUUCCUUCUGCGAUAUUGAGUAAAAAAUAAAUUGAGUUGAAAAAAAACAAUUUAUUGCAUUUAAAAAUGUGGAAUUCAAAGUCAGAUGAAGAGAUGGAGAAGAUCAAUGAAGUUUUUAAGUUAUUUAGAAGGAAAUUUGGAAGGAAUGCCUAAUAUUUAGAUGAGUUCUUUACAAUUUUGGGCAGAGCAAAUUUAGAUUUAGAGUUAGUGCAAUAGUUAAUUUAAUUUGAAGAUAAAUUUCUCAAAAAAUAUAUCCAAGAUAGGAGUUCUGAGAAUAGAAUUGAUUGA